AUGUCUGGCAAACCUGACACUCAGGCAGACAUUCCGCCUUCCCAGAAGGGGAACGCUCCAGCUUCUACGCCCAGCCAGGUGGCUCCAUCGGCUGCUCCAGCUGCUCCUGGCGACAGCCAACCACAUCCCCAAAACCAUGGCUCCCAGGGUUUCCAAGGAGGCAAAUUCCCUCAGCAGUCUCAACAGGGUAACUAUGGCCAGAAUUUUCAGGGAAAACCUUACAAUAGACAGAACCAGGGUCAGGCUGGCGGUCAGGGUCCACAGGGCCAAGCUCCACAAGGCCAGGGCCAGGGUUCUGCUCCUGGAACUCCCCACCAGCUCCACCAGCAGCCACAUCACCAACAUCAGCAGGGUCACCGUAGUGGCAACUACCAGAAUAAGAACUACUACAAUAAUAAGCGCAACUACAACAACCCUAAGAUGAACAACCAGAACCAGUUCCAGAACUACCACUACCCAGCAAACAUGUACAAUUACUACCAGAUGUACUACCAACCGGGUAUGGUUCCUGGUGUUAACAUGCCUGCUGGCUACUCUCCUCAGCUGCCACAGCUUUCCCAGUCGCCUGUUCAAAACUACCCACCCACUGCUUCUCCAGCGGGUCCUAAUAAGGUGAAAAUUACUGACAGGGAAGGCAAGCAGGUGAACUUGGAAGAGAAGAAGAAACUGUCUGCUAGCUCUUCUGCUCUGACCACCCCUGUGCCUUCUCAAGCACAGAUUGUUCCUGGUGCCGCUGCUCCAGCUGCCAAGUCACAGACUCCGGAGGCUUCUGAUGAUCAACUGGCUUCCGCUGCCGCCGCUGCCGCCGCUAAGAAGAAGGAGGCCGCAGAGGAGUUCAGAAGAAAGAUUCUCGAAAAGGCCAAGGCUGCUAAGGAGAAGAAAGAACAGGAGGCUAAAGCCAGUGCGGCCAAGUCUGCUGAUGCUGCUCCAGCUGCCGUUCCAGCUGCCACCCCAGCCGCCUCUACUUCUGUUGCUGCUCCAGCUGCCGCUCCAACCCCAGAGGAAUCUAAAAAGGCUGCUGAGACCACCAAGGAAGCUCCUGUCGAGGAGUCUAAGCCUGAGCCAGUCAAGGAAACUAAGCCUGAGCCAGUCCAGGAGACUAAACCUGAACCAGUUGAGGAGACCAAGCCUGAGCCAGUCGAGCAGGCCAAGGAGACCCCAGUCGAAGAACCAAAGGAAGCUCCAGUCGAGGAGAAGGCCGAACCAAAGGUCGAGGAACCAGUCGAAAAGGCUCCUGCUGCGGAACCUGCUGCCCCUGCUGCUCCAGUUGUUGAUGCUCCUGCAACUGAAGUUAACGGUGACUCUCCAGAAACCAACGAGACUGUCUCCGAAACUGCCCCUACUGAACAGACCGAUGAUAUCGAAGAAAAGGAUGAGGAGGCCACCGAUGACGACGAGUCAACCGAGAAGGUCUUUGAUCUUUCUUCUUUCUUUGACAGAUUGUCAACCUGUAGGGCUAUUGAAGAUCCUUUCACAUACCCUUACCCAUACCCAUUGACUGGUGUUGACGCUAGAUGGAAGGCCGGUCAGAAGAAAUAUAGAUAUGACCCACAAUUCUUGUUCCAGUUCCGUGACUCGGUUGCAUACCCUAUUGACGACGCCUGGAAGGAGAAGCUUGAGGGCUUGGGCAUUGUGCCUAACAGAAGAUCUGGCCCAGGUGGUCCUCAACGUAUGGGAUCCUCUAGAUUUGGUGGCCAGCCACAAGGAAGAAUGGGUGGCAACAUGCAAGGCAGACCAGGCCAGUUUGAUGGCAGACAGAACUCUAGAUCCGGUUCCAGAAGAAGAGGUGGUUCCAACAUGGGCGGCAACCCAAGAGACCGCUCUUUGAGAAACAGAAACCAAUCUAGAAGAGGUCCAAGAGAGAAGGAGGACGACACCCCAGCUAAGCCUGCUGAAGAUGUUAAGCCAUUGGUUCCUUCUGCUAACAGAUGGGUCCCAAGAUCUAGACAAAAGACCACUGAGGUCAAGACUGCUCCUGACGGUACCGUUCUUCUUGACAAGGAAGACGUUGAAAGAAAGGUUAAGUCCGCAUUGAAUAAGUUGACAUUGGAGAUGUUUGAACCUAUUUCGGAACAAAUGUUGGACAUUGCCAAGCAAUCCCGUCACGAAGAAGAUGCUGCUACUAUUAAGCAAGUUAUCUCUUUGACAUUCGCCAAGGCCUGUGAUGAGCCAUACUGGUCGAGUGUCUACGCUCAGUUCUGCGCAAAGAUGGUGAAGGAGAUUCCUGAUGACAUCAAGGAUGUCAGUAUUCUUACUAAGAGUGGUGAACCAGCCAUUGGUGGUGACCUCGCUAGAAGAAUCUUGUUGGCCACUUGUCAGUCUGAGUACGAAAAGGGUUGGGUUGACAAGCUCCCUACUAACCCAGAUGGUUCUCCAUUGGAGCCAGAGAUGAUGUCUGACGAGUACUACGCUAUGGCCGCUGCCAAGAGAAGAGGUCUUGGUUUGGUCAAGUUUAUUGGUAACUUGUACAUCUUGAAUAUGUUGAACGAUCAAGUUAUCUUGCAUUGCUUGAGAGAUCAAUCCAAGAAUGUUACUGAUCCAUCUGAGGACUCUUUGGAGAACUUGGCCCAGUUGAUCAAGACUGUUGGUCCAAGAUUCGAAGCAUCCGAAAGAAAUAAGGCAGCAUUGAACAUGAUUUUCGACAAUGUCCAGCUUAUUUUGGACAACUGCAAGCUUUCGUCGAGAAUCAAGUUCAUGUUGAUGGACUUGCAGGAUUUGAAGAAGAGCAACUGGAAGUCGCUUAAGCAGGAGUCCGGUCCUAAGACCAUUAAGGAGAUUCACAACGAAGCCGAGUUGAAGAAGCUCGAGGAGAGCAAGGCGCAGGCCGAAAAGAGAAGAAACAAGGGUUACGACCGUGGUGGAUACGGCGGUGGUGACUCGAGAUCCAACUCCACCAGAGGUGGUGCUUCCUGGGGCAACAAGAAGGAGUCCAGAGCACCUACUAAGGACUCUAGAGGUUUCCAGUCCGUGCCUAGAUCACAGUCUAACAGACCUACGCCAGACUCUAGCUUCAGCGCAUCCCACAUGUCUCCUAGAGAGAACUCUAAGAGAACAGACUCUAUGGCGUCCAACAUUUUCGCUGCUUUGGACGGCGACAAUGACGACAACGAGUCCGAAGGCGCCGGUCACUAA